AGCGCCGUGGAAAGCGUGAUCACGAGCGGUAUCUUCUCCACGCUGAACAUUUACAACACACUGAUCAUCGGUCGAUUGAUCUUGACGUGGUUCCCGAACCCGCCGAGGCAGAUCAUGUAUCCUCUCGCGACGAUUUGCGACCCGUACUUGAACUUGUUCAGAGGGAUCAUCCCGCCGUUGGGCGGGAUCGACUUGUCACCGAUUCUCGCAUUCACCGUGCUCAACGUG